GAUACACCAUGGCGGCGGUCGCUGCUCGCGCUGGUGCUUCUCGCGCCGGGUUCCGGCGGAUGUUCGCCGUCUCUGCCUUCUCUCCUCCGUCUGCCCCGGCCGCCCGCCCCACUGCGGAGCCCUGCAACAACCUCUUCGUUUCAGGUUUGAACAAGCGCACGACAACCGACGGACUCAGGGAAGCCUUCUCGAAAUUUGGUCAGGUUACUGAAGCAAGAGUCAUCACUGAUAGAAUAUCAGGAUACUCUAGAGGAUUUGGCUUUGUUAAAUAUGCAACCGUAGAGGAAGCUGGUGAGGGCAUCAAAGGAAUGGAUGGAAAGUUCCUGGAUGGUUGGGUGAUAUUUGCGGAGUACGCCAAGGAGAGACAAGCCCAGCAGCCGCCCCAAUCAGCUGGCACACCAUCAUCUGGCUACCAGUACUCAAGAUAGUUCUCUUGAUCACAAAUACGUGUCCUCAAUUUAUGCUACCAGUUGGAAGUCACUUUCCAAUAAAUUGUUGAGGAAGAGAUAAAAUUUAAAUAUAUUGUGUCUUGUCGCUUGAACUAUUCCACUACUAGUUACAGAAGUGUGGUCACUUGUGUACUUUGCUGUUGCCCGCUGGGUACUGCUACCUUGUGUAACAUCCGGCACUAACUAUAAUUUAAACUUAGUUGCAGAUA